UAUAUUAAAAAUUUAAAUCAAAAUGGAUGGAUUUAUUAUUGGAUUGAGCAUUGGUUGCACUAUAUUUGUUAUAACAAGUGCAGUGGUUUUAAUACGUCGACGAAAGCGCAAUAACCGUUAUCCGGGUGAAGUUAUAGCAGCACCUGUGGUUGUAACAUCUGCUACUCAUACAGCACCUGGUGGUUAUCCCGUUACACAAAUGCCAGUAGGGGCUACAACAACAGCGUAUCCAUCACAAGCCUAUGCUGCGCCCUACCCUCCUCAGGGAGCUCCUACACAAAUGCCCAUGCCAAUGCCUAUGCCUGCAGGUCAACCUCCAGUUGGUAUGCAACCUCAUUUACCACCAUAUCCAGCGACUAAUAUGAAUCCACCUCCCUAUGAUGUGGCUGUUAAUUGUGCCGGUGCUGGGCAAGUUAACAAUACUGGUUACCAAAAACAAGCACCCUACAAUCCCAACUAUCCAAUGUAAACAAAUGUUUUCCAACAUUUCAUUUUUCCAUACAAACUAGAGAUACAACCAACGACUUU